AUGCGGGAGCCUCUGAGACCUCUACCAAACCUGAACACAGAUCCACCACGCUUACUGCCACCUAAGAGCCUGAACAUGCGGGAACGUCCCACCUCAGCUCGCUCUGAGAGUAUCCUGCUACGUGGCCCAUCCCACAGAGAGAACAUGUCCAAUUUGAAAAGGGCAAGCACAGAGGUAGAGUGCAUUACACCUCCCAGUCCCCUCUGCCAGGAGAGCUUUGUGACAUUCAGUAACACUCUGCCCCGCGUGCACUCAACUGGAUUCGAAGAACCGGUGCCUCGCCGCCAUGCUGCAAUCCAUGCCUCCAUGGACUCCACACGUUCCAAGCAACUGCUCUCACAAUGGAAGACCAAGAACGAGAACCGCAAGCUGUCUCUGCAGGUAAUGGAGGCUGAGGCUAGCCAGCUGUCUCCCCAGCGAAACAUGGAGCUCCGCUGCAGCUCUGAACCCUCAGCCAUGGGCUUAGAUGGUGAGCUCCGUGGUGGACCUCCUGGACAGUACAUGAAGCUAGCUGCUAGUGCUAUGCCAUUAGCCAAUCAUAAUAGCUCUGGUGGCCUAACUGGUGGAGCCAGGGUAUCGAUCCAGUCACGACCAGGAUCGUCCCAACUGGUGCACAUCCCUGAGGAGACCCAAGAGAACGUGAGCUCCUCACCUCAUGAGAAUGGUGGGGAGGUGAAUGAUGGUGGGGGAGGGGGCGGGAAUGCACGGUCGAAAUGGCUGAAGGUGGCAGAGAAGAGCACCGUCUGUCGGACUAACAGCCAGCCACGUAUCAUGCAGGUCAUCGCAAUGUCUAAGCAGCAGGGCAUGUUGCACGGCAGUCCUAAAAGUGAGGGGAGCACCGUGAGUUGUACCGGAUCCAUCCGUUACAAAGCCCUCAUGGAUCAGGAUCCCAGCGCGGGCAUUGUUCGAGUGGAGGCCCACCCUGAGAACAAGCCAGUGGUUAAACCACCAUCUACAGAUGGCAGCGGGUCCUGGAGGUGGAAACCGCAGGAGCGGGGCAGCAUCCGGCAGUCCCUUGAGCUCAACGACCUGAACCGGGACUCCGAAAGCUGCGAGUCAUUGAAAGACGGCUACGGCUCCAUCGAUGGCAACCGGAGCCUACCUGACAUGAGCAACCCCCAU